UGCAUCCAGACUGGCCACAAAAAAAAGAAGGUCAUUGGCGGCUGAGGGUGGCGAUCGGUCGGUAUAUCAUGUUACAUAUACGGGAUAAGUUGUAAAAGGGGACAUUCUCUUCUUACGUCUCGUUGGAAUUAGAAGUUUUGUAUAAGCGUAAAUAAAUUCUGUAGUUUUGAUAUUUAGUUUUUAUUAGAAGCAGCGGCGGGAUUGCACCCUUGUGCUGUGUAGUGAAAAGGGGUAAUCAUAGUUCUGUGUAUUUGGUGUGUCACGCAAUAUUAGUGCUAUUUGAUAAAGAAAAUGGGUCGACACAGAUCCAGAUCGUCGUCUUCAUCAAAUGACUCGGAUUCUACGAGUUCAAGCACAGACGGAAACGAAUCACGUAGUCGUGGUACCAAAAGACGUCAUAAAUUAUACAACGAAAAAAGGUACGUGUCCCCUAAGCCAUCCACUAGUCGCGAGAUAAAUACACCUUCGCCCCCUCCUAGUGAUAAAAUCACUCGAUUAGAGAACUUGGUGGAGAAAUUGAUAAGAAGUCGAAGUGAGACGAAAGUAUAUAACAGACAGUUUUUGGGAAAAUCCAAAUGUAUACCAGAAUUCGCCCCUGGAAACCCAAAUCUAUCCAUUAACAAAUGGAUUCAUAAGAUAGAGCAAUUAAGCGCGAUAAAUAUGUGGGACGAUGCAACAACGGUUUACCAUAUGCAGAAUCGGUUAACUGGUUUGGCGAAAAAGUGGUACGAAAACUUAAAAACGUACGAUUAUACUUGGGUAGAAUGGAAAAGGAUAUUAGUAAAAUCAUUUCCCGAACAUCACGAUUUUGCCACAGUUUUAAGAAAACUCGUUCAGCGCACAAAGUCGAGUAACGAAUCUUGGGAGCAUUAUUAUUUUGAAAAAAUGGAACUAAUAAACGCAUGCGAGAUUAAAGGAAAGAAAGCAGUGUCGUGCCUUAUUGACGGAAUUCCGGACGCGACGCUUCAGGCGGGAGCGCGAGCAGGAAGAUACGAAUCACCAAGUCUGCUUUAUGCGGAAUAUCUUUCGACACUCACAUCCGGAAUUUCUACAAUCGAAAAGGUAUCACAUCGUGACACCGCGAAUGUCCAAAAGAACCUGACUGAUUCCUCUCCCAAAAAAAUGGAAUUCGGUAAUGAGAAAAGGGCCUCGCGCUGUUACAACUGUAAGGAAACGGGACAUUUUUCUAAUAAGUGCCCAAAACCGAGGUUAGAGUGCAAAAAGUGCAGGCGUUUGGGACAUUCGGAAAAAGAGUGUAGACGAUUUCCAUUUACCGUGAAAACUCAUUUGAUAAGUGGAAAUAAAAGCGUAGCGGAAUCGUACUUUUUUGACUGCUGGGUAAACGGAAAACCUUUGCGGUCUUAUGUUGAUUCAGGGUGUGGCGCAGUGCUCGUUCGAGAAAAAGAAGCUCAGGAAUUGUCAAUGCAGUACUCAGCUUCAACGGUUAAUAUAAUUGGAUACGGUGGUUGUGAAGUGAAAGCAUUGGGAAGUGCAGUGGUAAAUUUAAAGGUGGACGAAGUUGAACUACCUGUCGAAGUUUUUAUUGUGCCGACUCACAUCCAAGACGUUCCCGUUAUGGUCGGUCAAACGUUUUUAAAUCAUGAAAAAACUAUAAUGCUGGUUAUGGGAAGGACCGUAAGGAUUCUUGAUGCAGACGCCGACAACGCUAAAGGUUUGGAUUUACCCGAGCGCAAGAUCCCUAUGUGGGCCAAGGACCGCACCAUUGUACAGGCAAGGACUAAAGUAUUGGUUGCGGUUACUUCAAGAGGCGCCUACGAUGGUGAUGUACCUACUUGUCCAAGGAAACUUACGAGCGGUUCCUGGCAGAGAGCACCUCUGGGAUUCCUGCAUUGCAUAACGAACGGCAACGAUGGGUACGUAACGAUAAACAACUUAUCUCAACACGAUAUUGAGGUAAGUCCCAAAAAUAUUUUAGUUAGAUGUGUUCCUUGUUUUGAAGAUGUUACAUCUCUGUUAGAUAUACCUGUUUUGGGUACGUCGGUUCACAAUAGUCACAACUAUACCGAAAAUGAUUUACAAUAAUAUCAAAAACAGAUGUGUUGAAAAUGUCAA